AUGCUAUUUCCCCUUCUUCUAAUACCUCUUCUCCUGAAUGGCGUGCAAUGUCUACCGCAAGCCAAGCGCGACGUUGCGGCCACGGCUAAAUUGGCUGAAGGCUUGUCGACCGAGGAGAUGAAUGAUGCCUGGCCGUCGCGCGACAUGGUCGAUAUUCAGAAUUGGUACGGAACAAGCCUAUUUGGCUGGAAUGGUUGCGAUAAAAAGGAUAAAACUUUCAAAGAGAAGAUCAUCGAGGCUUACGCCGACGCCAACAAAUUGGUCAACUACGACGGCAUAAACGAGAAUCUUGACUUCAAUUCAGCUGCCGCGCUUCAGUUCUUGGGCCCUUCCGCGCUGAACAUAAAACAGCAGAAACAGAUACAGAAUGUCCUCUUCAAUGCAGCAACCGUCAAGCAGGGUGGCGCUUGGUUUACCCCGAAUUGGCUUCGUGUGCGCUGCGAUGAUCCUGCAGGAGUAUGCCCGCCUGAGCCCGAGGAUCCGGAUAAGGAUCCUGUAUGUCCCCCAGCAACCGCAUCGGAUGACGAGCCGCCCCCCCAGAAUCUUGCGUAUGCCAGGAACCCUUUCGAAAAGGCCGCGGACCCUUCAAAAAAGCCGAAUGACAGAUUCUCGGAAAUCGCUUUCUGUCGCGGCUUCUUUCAACUCCGGAACUUGGGAAAUGCGAUGGCGUAUGGGUCGGGCUCCAGCCACCCUAUCCUAAAGUCUGACUUGACCGAUGUCUUUUUGCAUGAGCUGUUGCACCUUGACUUGGUCGCCAACUCCAAAAAUGAUGAUCCGAACCCAGACAUUCGUGACUUCAAAAUCAAGUUUAGAGUCGGCAGUGGUAAGCACAAAGGUGAGCUGACGAAAUACACCAAAGUCUACGGGCCACGACUCGCCAAGAUUCUUGCCGGCUUCCAGCCAUGGCGUCGAGACGUGACCCUAGGUCAAUUUAUCCAGCGCAGUGAUGACAGCUACUCCAUGUUCGCCUUGGCAAAAUAUGUGGAGAAGACUUAUGGCUUUUAUCCAUAUAUACCCGUGAUUUACGACCAGAUUACUGAAAUGCCUCGGAUUCCGAAUAGAGAUAGGAGCUCGGCACUAGCGUUCGAAACGAACGAUAAUGAACCCAUAACAUUCAUCAAUUUCACCCAGGUGGACGACGGGAUGUGUCCAACAGUUUAUGAGAAUGGGUCAGGAGAAGACCUAGAGAUCGGUGCACCCCACGACAAGUCCUUGUACCCCGACUCGUACUGGAAGCAAUACGAUCAGUGGAUUCAAGAGAUCAGGGAUGCCUACGGCUCGGGGGACGGCGAAGAGAACAUGCCGGACUUCCUGACUUACGAAGGGACCGAACCUGGAAAAGCAGUCAAGUCCGGUACGAAGCUGCGGAUCCUUUGCGUUGGGGAUUCCAUCACCUUCGGGGCAGGAAGCGACCUCAAUGGCGGUGACGGCAACGGAUACCGGCUCAGACUCAAGCAAGACUUAUCGGGGGACAAGGUGUAUUUUGCUGGGACAGAAUCGAGUGGCACGAUGGAGAAUGGCAAUUAUGCUGCUUGGAGAGGAAAGUCGAUUAAAUAUAUGGCAGACCACGUUGGUCCUUCUUUGAAGCAUCGACCCAAUGUCAUCCUUCUCCAUGCGGGAACAAACGACCUCGACGACAGAUCCCAGUACUCGUCCGAGGGAAAUGACCCGGAGGGAAUGUCAGAGCGUCUUGGGGAUUUGAUCGACCAGAUGGUUAAGGCUUGCCCUGAUGCUGUGAUCUUGGUCGCGAUGAUUAUAGAUACCUGCGACUCACACAAAGCUGCACGUCAUAGCCAAUAUGUCUCCCUAAUCCCCGGAGUUGCUAAGAAGCGCCGCUCACAGGGAAAACAUGUUCUUGCGGUUGACUUUACUGAUAUUCCACUGAGCAGCUUACGAGACUGCAUCCAUCCGACAAACGACGGGUAUAAGACAAUGGGCGACCACUGCGGUGCUGGAAGCGAUACGAAUGGCGGGAUUGCUACUGAUAUUCCAGGGCCUGACUACGGCAAUCCUGUCGUUGCCAAGUCGAAGGAAGAGCUCGCCGUGGCUUAUCAAGUGGCCCUCAAGGGUGACCAAAGUGCAUGUCGGAGUCGUCCCGUAUGGCAGAGUGCUGGCAAGAUUGCUAUGGGUGUCGGGGAGAAUGGGUUGUGGAAGUUCACGGAAAACUGGGGCAAGGCUGGCAAGGUCUUCGAUGGCAUUGGGAGACCUGCGUCAGGUGUCAGGUUUCACGAUAUGGAUGGUGAUGGCAAGGCUGACUAUGUCUGGCUGGACCCGGACACUGGAAGACUAGAGUGCUGGCUCAACAAUAUGCCUGACGGAUUUGUUCGUGCCGGAACCCACGAAAAGGGCGUCAUCGCAGCAGGAACAGCUACUGCCGAGAGGGUAUACCUUGCAGACCUCGACGGAGAUGGUCUUUCCGACUACCUGGUAGUCUAUCCUGAAAAUGGAUCGGUGGAUGUAUGGUGGAACAAGGGACCAAGCGGUAACGCAUCCAACGGUUGGGACUGGGCCAAGGGCGGCCAGAUUACAGGAGGGGUUCCCCACGCUAACCUAGCCACUCUGCGGUUCCCUGACAUGAAUGGAGACGAUAGGGCUGACUAUGUCUUCAUCGGAAAGCAUGGUUCUUUGGCAAAUUGGCAAAAUACUGGGACAGAUCUGGGUAGAGGCGUUGAGUGGGUGUCGAGGAAUGGCAUUGCGACCGGCGAAACUUAUCAACUUAGCGAUUUUUCUAAGCUGGUGCUUGCUGAUAUCGAUGGUGAUGGUCGUGAUGACUAUCUGGUUUUCGACGGUGACUCAGGCCUCUCUGGCUUUUUGAACCAGCCAUCAAACCGUGAGGGUGUACCAAAGUGGGUUAAACAAGACGACAAGGCCUUUGCCGUGGGUAUCAAGGAGGACCGCCACAGUAUUCAUCUGGCUGACAUGGACGGUAAUGGAAAAGCCGACUACAUCUUUGUGGACGACAACGGCGCUGUUAACCUCUGGCACAACCGUGGAUCCGCCGACACAUCCAUGGCUAUUGAUGGUCUUCGGUUUGCAGACAUUGAUGGCGACGGGAUUGACGACUACAUUUGGGUCCAUCCGGAGACUGGGGCACCAAGUGUUCGCCUCAACAGGGGGAUAAAUGGCCAUGAUCAACUUGGAUGGGAGUGGGAGUCUGUGAACGGUGGCAACCCCAUUGCAAGAGGAACCGCUCCGGGUGCCAAGGUGCGGUUCGCUGAUCUCGACGGAAACGGAAUGGCCGACUACAUUGUCAUCGAUCCUAAAGAUGGAGGUAUGAGAGGUUGGCUUAGUCUCGGUCCAAUUGACAACGAGUACGGUUGGAAUUUCGUGCCGCAGGAUCGGAUUUUCCAGGGUGGCAUUGGACCUGGAGCCAACGUCCGACUGGCAGAUAUUGACGGCGAUGGUCGCGACGACUACAUCUAUCUGCACCCUGGAGGCCGUACUACCAUAUAUCGGAACAAGUGGAACAAGGAUAGCCCCAUGGAUAGCUGGGUGCGAAUGGAAGAUGCCGAGGCGAAGAACGGCAUCCAGCGCCGCCCCGAGGAGAUUCUCUUCCACGAUAUCAAUGGCGAUGGCAAGGCCGACUACCUCUGGGUCAACCCCGUCAACGGUAUUGUUCGUGCUUGGAUCAACAAUUACCCGAAGAGCCCAGCAUGGAUCGACAGUGGUGAGUAUGCCGGCAGCGUGGGCACCGCGGGCAACAAUAUCCGCUUCGCCAAGCUACAGGCCAGCGGCCGCGCGAGUCUCGUCGUCGUAGACCGCAGCUCCAACGCCAUAGCCGCGUGGCUCAACGGCUGCGAUGAUCUCGACCUACCGGAUACGACACACAGGAUCGUCAUUACCCACGUGUCGACCAAGAUUUCCGACAAGAUGUGGGGGGUGACGGAGUAUCCGCUUGAAGGGACGCCGCCCAAGGACUACUGUGACCUGACGGGAAAGUAUUCGCGCGGCGAGAAAACGAGCCCCAACGAUCCCGACGACGCCAAGUAUCCUACUGAAAUCACGGGUAUUAAAGAGCUCUAUGGCCAUAAGUGCGCCUAUAGCGGCUCGCCUUACACAAUCGGACGCUUGAGGUGUGAAGAUGUGAGUGGGAUUCGCUGUUACAAAGAUGGGAAUUUUGGCAAGAAGAAGGACUGCGACGGCUGGUCGUACACACCUGCGUUGUAUUGUGUGUGGUGA